UGAAAGAGGACUGGAUCAAAACAAAAUGGAGUCGGUUGUUGAUAAAUUGGAAGCGUUAGUUCAAAAAGCAGAAUCUGAUUUGAAUUAUGUUUCCUUACGAUUGGACUCGCAGUUUACACAACAGUUUUCUAAACAAAAUGCAGAGCAGCUCAAUCCAGUGAAGAUUUUUGAAAGAAUAAAAAAAGCAAGAGAAGAAUUCCAUAAUCUUACAAGCCAGGCUGAAACUGUGUGUGCAGAACAGCAGAAAGUACAAGCAUCCUUGGUUGACUGUCUUCUGCUAACUCAAGAUAACCUACAGAACCUCCAACAAAAGACUGGCUCAAAGGUUUCAGAAAAAACAGCAAUAGAAGAGUUUUUACAUCUACAUCGUUAUCCAGGUGUUCACAGUCCUGAAGGUUCAUCGUGCAGCCAAGAAGACAUGGAAGAAGACAAAGAGAACUCACAGUCACAAUUCAAUGAUGCAAGUAUUAUCGAUGCAGAUCAAACAGAAGACAAAACAGAAUCCAGGAAAAGAUUAAAGGAAUUUAUACCUGUGACAAAAUGUGAAUUUGAUAGUGUGUCAGCACUUGUCAAAGGAAGAGUACAGUUAGAAGCUGUCAAUAAGGUCCAUGAAGUUAUYUUCAACCACUUUAAAGCAAACAAGAAAAGUUCACCAUUAACUAUAAGUGAUAUGGCUGAGAUGGGUCUGAAAAUUACAGGAGCUACAGGACAAGCUAAACUCAAGGUUUUGCGAUCACUCAAGAUAAUUCAAAUCACAAACAAAGGAGCUGUGAAAUGGCAAACAUGAUGUUUUUACUGCACAUAAAAUUCAAACAGUAUAUAAUUCAUUAAGUGUAUCAAAUAAAAAACAAAAACAGAAGAAAAUUUGUACAGUCGUUUUACAAGGUUCUCAGUAGAGUGCACCUCAAAUAACCAUGACAACCAAACUCUGCUAACUUUUUACUGUAACUUGUAAUGGUAUUUGCAGGGUUUAUGCUACUAGUUGAAAUCCUUGAAAAGCUCUGGUAUUGAAAACUGCUUGUAAAUCUAUUUUAUUAGAAUUUUUAAAUAACAAUAAACCAGACAAAAUACCUC